AUGGGACAAAACAAUGGCACUGAAGUGACUGAAUUCAUUCUCCUGGGAUUUUCUGGCCAACACAAGUCUUGGCAUAUCCUCUUCAUAGUAUUUCUACUGAUCUAUGUGGCCACCCUAGUGGGAAACAUUGGCAUGAUCUUACUCAUCAAGAUUGAUUCUAGCCUUCACACCCCUAUGUACUUUUUCCUCCAACACUUGGCUUUUGUUGAUCUCUGCUACACUUCUGCUAUCACUCCCAAGAUGCUGAAAAAUUUUGUAGGGACAGAACAAUCCAUCUCAUUCCUGGGAUGUAUGGUACAAUUACUAGUCUAUGGUGCUUUUGCAACAAGUGACUGCUAUAUCUUGGCUGCUAUGGCAGUGGACCGUUAUGUGGCCAUCUGUAACCCGCUCCGCUAUCCAGUAGUUAUGACCCAGAAAGUCUGCAUUCAACUUUUAAUUGGUUCAUACUUCAUGGGUUUUCUAAAUGCUUCUAUAAACACAAGUUUUACUUUCUCAUUGAACUUUUGCAACUCCAAUAAAAUUAACCACUUUUUCUGUGAUGAACCCCCAAUUCUUAGCCUCUCAUGCUCCAAUGUUUACUUCACCAUCACGCUACUAACAGUCUUUGUGGGGUUUAACUUGACAUUCACUGUGUUGGUUGUCAUCUUUUCCUACAUAUAUAUCCUGGCUGCCAUUCUGGAGACAUCUUCUGCUGCAGGGAGGAAAAAAGCCUUCUCCACCUGUGCCUCCCAUCUGACAGCAGUCACCAUUUUCUAUGGGACUCUCUCUUACAUGUAUCUGCACCAUCGUAGCAUACGGUCUCAAGAGCAAGAAAAAAUGGCUUCCAUGUUUUAUGGAAUUAUUAUUCCCAUGUUAAACCCCCUCAUCUACAGCCUGAGAAAUCAAGAUGUGAAAGCAGCCCUAAAAGGUCUUGGAAAGAAGCAUUUCUAAUUUGAACCUUGAUU